CGGGUACAUCCAGCACGCGGCUGCCUCUGCCUCCCUGCCAGUACUACAGCGACCUUGUGAGGAGCAGCGUGCCAGGAGGAGCCCGUGCCCACCUCGUAGAUCAACAUGAGCUGCAACGUUCUUCGCGGUUUCGGACAGCAAUUGUUUCGUCGUAAGGUUGUGGGAUCUGACUCUAAGGAGAGCAGAUUGGCACGAUGCCUCAACACGUUUGAUCUCGUAGCUCUUGGAGUGGGCAGCACUCUUGGUGCCGGGGUGUAUGUCUUAGCUGGAGCUGUGGCACGGGAAAAUGCCGGACCCGCUAUCGUUCUGUGUUUCCUCAUCGCUGCUCUAGCUUCUGUUCUUGCUGGAUUAUGUUAUGCAGAAUUUGGCGCAAGAGUUCCCAAAACGGGCUCUGCCUACCUGUACAGUUAUGUCACCGUGGGAGAAUUCCUGGCUUUUAUAACGGGCUGGAAUUUAAUUCUGUCUUAUGUUAUUGGCACCUCAAGUGUGGCCCGCGCCUGGAGUGCGACGUUUGACGAACUUAUCGGCAGACAAAUAGAGCAUUUCUGUGAACAGCAUUUUGCCAUGAAUUUGCCGGGGGUAUUGGCCAAGUAUCCCGACCUGUUCUCAGUCAUCCUAAUCGUAGUACUGACAGCUCUCUUAUCCAUUGGAGUGAAAGAAUCUGCUCUGGUCAACAAGGUAUUCACAUGUAUCAAUGUGCUGGUCCUGGCUUUUGUCAUCGUAUCUGGAUUUGUGAAAGGAACAAUUAAGAACUGGCAGCUCUCGGAGAAUGACUUCAAUGGAACCAACAUUACGACAUCAGACAAUAUUACACUGGAGGGCACCUGGAAUUAUGGAGCUGGUGGAUUUAUGCCGUAUGGUUUUGCCGGUGUCCUCUCUGGAGCUGCUACCUGCUUCUAUGCCUUUGUUGGCUUUGACUGCAUUGCCACCACAGGUGAAGAAGUGAAGAACCCACAGAAAGCUAUCCCGAUUGGCAUUGUCGCAUCUCUACUCAUCUGUUUUGUGGCCUACUUUGGGGUGUCUGCAGCACUCACACUUAUGAUGCCUUAUUAUCUUCUCGAUAACAGCAGUCCAUUGCCUGUGGCUUUCAAUUAUGUGGGAUGGUCUGGGGCAAAAUAUGCCGUGGCUGUAGGAUCUCUAUGUGCACUUUCUACCAGUCUCCUCGGUUCCAUGUUCCCCAUGCCUCGAGUGAUUUAUGCCAUGGCAGACGACGGGCUGCUAUUUAAAUUUUUAGCCAAAGUCAGUGAAAAGAGCAAAACUCCAGUGAUAGCCACAAUUUGCUCCGGAGCCGUUGCAGCUUUGAUGGCCUUCUUGUUUGAUCUGAAAGACUUGGUGGAUUUGAUGUCCAUCGGAACGCUGCUUGCCUACUCACUGGUGGCCGCCUGUGUGUUGGUCUUGAGGUAUCAGCCAGAACAGCCAAAUCUCGCCUAUCAAAUGGCCCGCACAACCGAUGAGGCAGAUAUCAAUGAGUCAGUCAGUACCAGCGAGUCUCAAAAUGGAAUACUGGGUGAAGGGGAGAGGUUCACUCUUCAGAUGCUCCUAUUUCCACCAAACCCAGAACCAACCCGGUUAUCUGGGUCUAUAGUCAACAUUUCAGCAGGUAUUGUAGGCCUUCUCAUCAUCUCCUUUUGCUGCCUCAUGGUUUUUGGUCAAGACUCCUUGGUAAAAGGAGAAUCCUCUGUUAUUAUUCCGCUUGCAGUCUUAUUACUGCUAUCUUUAGCCUUUACGAUUAUCAUUUGGAGACAACCUGAGAGCAAAACUAAACUGUCUUUCAAGGUCCCGUGUGUUCCUGUAAUCCCAGUCUUGAGCAUUUUUGUAAAUGUAUACCUGAUGAUGCAGCUAGGAGGAGGCACCUGGGUACGAUUUGCAAUUUGGAUGGUAAUCGGUUUUGUCAUAUACUUCGGUUACGGCAUGUGGCAGAGUAGUGAAGCUAUUGGCUCUACACCAGACAAGAAUACGGAGAUUACAAAAGCACCAAUGUGUUGAAUAAUGAGAAACAAGCUUUCCUAGAUGACCCAGAAGCUACUAACUCAGUGACUGCCUGAAGCCCGCAGUUGAAUGGUCCCGAAUCAGUCAAGAACUUCACCCAAAGCUUGCAACCCGCACAAACCAUACAACACCGACAAGUGGCUGCACCUCCGAAUGGUCAAACCAGAGCGCCGCUUAUCUUCUAAUGCUGCUAUUCUCUAACAACACAAUCUGACGGAUCCUGCUUUAAAAGAACAGGCCUUGCGAUUGCAUCAUACCGCACGUCCCAUAAAUAAUCAUUAACCACGUAGACCCCAGCAGCGGGGUUUUUUUUUUGUUUUAGCCAAUUUUUAAUUAGAUCCAUGGUGGAAAGGUCUAAUCCAGUUGUGGGUAUUAGAAAGAGAAUAUGAACUCAUUGUCAGGGCAGGGAACUAUUUGGGGGAUUUUAAGGAGUUUCCUGCUGAUGAUCCAUGUAGAGAAAUGCGUUUACAGCCAAACUAGCACAAAUUGUGUUCAUUUUUAUACCUUGAAGAAAACCUAACUUAUUGUUUUUAACUUAUUUUUUUUAUCUAAUUUUUUUCGUACUCUUGUAGUGCAGGGCACUUAAAAGGGAGAUCUCUUCCAAUAUUCCAGUCUUCUCAGUUUUUAUAUUGAUUGUUAAACACUAGAUAUGUGUUAUAUAAUACAUGUUCAACCUUUGGGGUUUGUAGCCCAGCUUGUCCUCCAAGUGGACAUCUUCAGGGGGUGGAGGUGGUUGGAUGUAUUAUAACAAAGGUCCACAAGGUUUGGAUGGCCCUUUGAGCAGCACAGAGCAUUGUUUAUGUGGCCUGCUGAGGUAACGGUAGGGAGGGUCUCAUCUUUUAGAUGGCCCCAUUCGCUGUCCCAUCCCAUGGCAGUUUGCACUUGCACUGGGCUUCUCCUAACCAACAUAUGGCUAAGAAGCUUAGGGUUCGGGCCAAUGAUGAGACCAUCAACUGGAAGAGGGUGAGAAGCAAGCAUUAAGCCCUCAUAUGCUGGAUGGGAUGUAAUUAUGUGAACUAUGAACCCAGAACCUAGAACCUUGUAUGUUAUCCAAUGAUCGGGCUCUUCUGUCCUCCCAGGCUUAUGUCUCUAAUGUUAUUAAUGAACCUACAUUUAUUUAGAGUGCUUAUUAUUAUCCACUAUUUAUGUAACAUGUUGAGGAUACAUGGGUGACCAUUAGACUUAAAGGGAACCUGUCACAAUUAAAAUGCAGUAAAAUAUACAGGCAGCAUGUUAUAGGGCAGGAGGAGAUUGAUAUAUAGAGUUCUGGGAAAAGAGUUCAGUAAAUCUAGUAAUUAAUUCAUUUAAAUUCCUCUUCCAUUCUAAGCUUUGCAGUCAAGGAGGCGGUCCUAUCAGUGAAGGGAAGGUUGUCAAUCACCCAUAGGACCGCCUCCUUGACUUCAAAGCCUGGAUUGAGCAGGAAUAAUAUACAGCAUACUGAAUCUUUUCCCACAAAACCAUAUAUCAAUCUGCUCAGCGCCUUCCGCUCUACAACAUGCUGCCUGCAGGUUACACUGCUUUUUCAUAGUGACUGGUUCCUUUUAAACAUUAUGUCUGAAAUAUCAUAUUUAUCUGUAUUGGCUGAAACUUGAAAUCUUACCAGUCCUAUUGCUAUUAUGUCAAGAAAUCGUAAAUUUUCAAGGGGGUCGGGGUUUCUCCACCGAGAUUAUGUACAUAAAAUAUGGAUUGUUUAACUGGGAAAUCUAACAUCGACAUACGUUUUUGCAGUGUUUAGUUUGUUACACUCUCGUGGGCAACGCCAUGUUGAUAUAAGACUUCUCAGAAUUUCAGAUACUCGUCUCUGCUAGCUUGCAUCUUGUUAGACAAUCGCUCAUGGGAUCCUUUCUCCGUGUCUAGUACUCAACAUGUCGGAAAUUAAAAUUUAACACUUAAAUCUGUAUUCGGCAGAAGAUGUUCUCCUCUUGAAGAAACUGGUAAUUUAUUAUGGGAUCUCUUUUGGCAAAGAGUGUAUACAGUCGAUCAUUCUUAUCAAAAUGUCCUACGUGUGGCCACUCAUGGCGGGCCAGAACUAUUUAUCCUAAAUUCCUAGAUAAAAGGAGUGGCACACGUCGGUGACAUCAUGGCAUGUCAUUGGUAUGUCUGUCCAUACCUCAAAUGUUUCAAGUCCCAACCAUAAUCCAGUCUCAAAGUUUACUUGGCAAUUAUGAAUGUUACACUGGUUAUACGGUCAGAAUAAGAAGAUGGAAAGCUACGUGGCGGUGCAGCCUUGGCUUUGGUCAUUUUCAGCAGUGACGUUCACGCAGUACUGUGAUCCCUCACUCAAACCAGUUCAGGAUCAGGGUAAUUUCGGUCUUUGGGACCAGACACAGUUUAGCCGUGUUUAACCUUAAAGAGCUAAAUUGUUAUAUUUGUUGGGUUAGAGCCUUGAUUUUUCUUUUUGACUUUUUUUUUUUUCAUAAAAAGAUAUCAUUUUUAUACACAUUGGGGCUCAUAUAUUAAACAGAAAUAAACCUAUAUUAGGUGUAUUUCUGUCGCAGAUUCUGGCGCAAAUGUCCUUUGCGCCACAAUCUGCGACUUUUCCCCACUCUGCCAGAUCUAAAAAAAAGUAGGCGGGGAAGGGGACAGGCCAGUAGUCCUGUCUCAUUUACCAUUUACUACUACCUGUUUUAGGUGGAAGCUUUCUUACAUUCAGAAGCGGCGGGUGGACCCGCCGAAGUAUGUAGAAGCUGGCGCCUCUACAUAACUUCCUGAGGAUCUAUUGCCAGUGCUGGGUCUUAUUAAGACCAGAGGUCUAAUAACGCCUGUCUUAAUAAAUGUGGGCCCAUUAUUUUUUAUUUUUUUUUUCAUUUUAACAAUAGUGAUUGGUAAAAAAUGCUUUUUUUACAUUUCAGCUACUUUCUUUUUUUUCAGUUAAUAGUAUAGUAUUAUCUUAGAUUUUUUUUAAGAUUGUUCAGUUGUAACCAGUAAUACUUUACAUGUUCAGUUUUUGAGACGUGAUUGCAAAUAGAUCGGGGAACUGUUUUUUGGGGUGUUUAUUGAUUUUAAUGUAUUUUUUUUUAAGCAUUUUUAUUUUUAUACUUUGUCAAAGGUCAGUAAAGACUAUAAUAUUAUUUAUUUUUUACACUACGCUUUUCCGAUGUAACUGGGGCUGCACCCCUUACAGCUAUGAUCCUGCUUCUGGCAGCGGCUAAUCUCCUAGCAGGACGAGGAUUGGAAAUCGCAUAUGUCCAAUCCUUAUUUCCUCCAGUGUCUACUGCUGAAGGUCGCUAUACAGUAGGUUUAAUGUGUGCUUUAAUUAUUGAAUAAACCUAAAUAUUAUCACCAUUAGGGUCCAUUCACACGUCCGCAAUUUGUUCCCAGAUCCGUUCCGGAUUUUGCGGACCCAUUCAUUUUCAAGUGGGGCUGGAACGGAUGCUAUAUCUGUACGCAUCUGCAUUUUCCGGAUCGCACUUCCGCAGUUGCGGGGGGGAGUUGCGGACAAGAAAAAGAGGCAUUUUCUAUUAUAGUGCCGGCGAUGUGCGGUCCGUGCGAAAUGCGUAACGCACAUUGCCGGUGUCCGUGUUUUGGCGGAUUCGCAAAUCGCUACGGACGUGUGAAUGGAUCCUUAUAAUGUGAGGGAUCACUGUCCUGUUCGUGAAUUCUAUUCUGAUCUGGCUCUUUAGAACUACACUUGGCCAUUAUCAAGUGUUUUUGUCCAGCUGGGCACAGAGGAGACCUAGCCGAGUAUUUUAAUAUAUCACCCCAUGUAUAAUGUUCUUAUAAAUCCAUAUUGUCAAUGAACUGUUACUUGGGGGACAUGUUCAAUUGUUUUCAGUGAUAAGUCUGAUGCUGGAGAGUUUCCUCUUCUGGAAAUCAUGUAAAUAUAACAAUGUAUAUAUAGAAUUUUGCUAUUUUUUUGUCCUAUAUGAAAGCCAUAAGACUUCUUGGAUCUUCUUAGUGGGAGGCACAUUUCUUCCAACAAUUCUUGUUUUCUUUGAUUUUGUCUUGACAGUUUUUUUAAUCAAAUAAUCUGGUGUAUCUGUUCUAUACAGAGACCAUGCUCUACAUUGCAAUCUGUGGAUUACCUCUAAAAGUGCUCAGUCUUGUAAUCAUAUUGAUAUCUUAGGCAGGGUCGGCAUCAGCAGCAGGCAAACCUGGGCGCAUGCCGGGUCACACUCGGCACAAGGUGGCCAAUGCUGUAUGCUGCCUUUUAAGCUGAGGGAGGGGCACAUGGGUGGCAGAAUGUCUCAUUGCAAUGACAUAUACACCUGGAGCCGGCCCUUGGAUAUAUGUCAUCAGGGGAUAUUCUAUGCCAUUCAUGAUUUUCAAGAAAAGUAGUCAAGUGAUCUCCUUUUAAAAAAAAAUCUAGUGGGCUAGGCUAUACCAUCUCUUUAUGAUUGUCAGGGGUCUGAUCUCUGGGAACCCCACCAAGGCUGAGAAGGGGAUGCAGCUCUGGUUUCAGGCUGGGGCUACAUGGCGAUCUUGCCAAUGACAACCCAAAAAUCGCUCUAUAGUAUUGCAGCCAUUGAACUGCAACAGUGUGAUUCUCAAGUUGCCAACGACCCUAGUCAAAAAACAUCCAGUAGUGUUCCUUUAUUUUUUUAUUUUUUGCAAUUCUGGGGUUGUGGCUAGUGUUAGCGACUCAAAGUUAACAAAGUGGAAUUCGAUCCGAAUUUCAGGAAAAAUUAGAUUCACUGUGAUUCAGAUUUUCUUGGCGUUUGUGGUAAAGAAUCCAUUUUUCUUGAUAUGGGUGUAAAAAAAAAACUCACGUUGGCCAUUUGAUUGCGGGGAGAGGCUGUUGCGCCUAUCUGCAAUAAAAUGCAUGCGGUAAUGUAAUAUAUAUUUUUGUUUUAACCCCUGAAUAAACUCUUAUAGGCUGUGACUCUCAAUGCCACGUUCAACGCUGUGGCCGCAUCUGAGAGGUGAAAUGAUGGGGGCGGCACAAUCGCCGUUUCCCAUCAUUGCACCCACUGGAUACAAUGGAAUGCGAUUUGUUACAAAGUAGUUCGUAGCGAAUCAGAUUUCUUGUUGAAGCAGCCGAAUCGAAUUUUU